UUGCGAUCUGAUCACCAACGGUGGACCAUUUAAAGAUGCAGAGUAUAAUAUCUUUCAUAUUCCUGGUGCUAUCCCUGGUCCCUUUUGGACAGGGGGAGACACAAGAGCGUGUCCUAUAUAAUGUCACCUACGGACCGGAUGUGGAACAGUUGCUGGACUUGUACCUGCCCGAUAAUGAUACCAUCCAGUGGAACAAGGUCAUCCUCAUGCUGCACGGUGGCUCCUGGGUCUCUGGGAAGAAGGAGCACAUCAACGGGCAGGUGAGAAGGUUCAGAGACCUUCUCCCCGACUAUGUCAUUGCCAAUAUGGACUAUCGCCUAGGCACCUACCAAAGCCCGGGAUUCCCAAAACAGGUGGAAGACGUCCAGAUGGCCGUGUCCUUCCUGAAAGCUUCCUUCCCUACGACGUCCCUCUCCUUCACGCUGUUCGGCACCUCGGCCGGCGCCCAUAUCUCACUCCUUUACGCGUACGGCCGGGAUCGCGACAUCGGCGACGUGAAAGUUGUCGUGGAUCACAUUGGCCCCGUUGAUUUCAUGGACCCCGGGUACUGCGAUACCCUCAUUGUUCGACCCGUCCUCAUGCCCCUCUUCGGAAACCGGUCCAACUGUCAGGAAUACCCGGAAACGUGGAGGGAAGCUAGUCCCCUUACGUAUGCCGGUGUCGGAUCCCCGGCAACGAUCGGUUUUUACGGGGAUGCCGACCUUGUUGUGCCAUUCGGUCAGAUGGUGGCGUUGCAAGAGAGGCUGGACCAGGCCGGUGUGCCGAACCAGUUUACCCGUUAUGCCGGCGGACAUGGGGACGACUGGGCGGCAGAGGAUGUUGAAGAUAUGUGGAGAAAGAUAGCGCCCUUUGUGGAGUUACACUCAUAAAAUAUUUUUUUGGGAUAAUAAUUAAUGUGUGGGGUAAAAUUCGGGUUGCAUGUAAUAUGUUGUGAUUAAAAAUUUAAAAUAUGUACUACAUAUUAGACAUUUAAGGAACAUUUGAAAUUUCAAAAAUUUUGAUUCAAAAUUUAAUAAAUUACAAGUAUUUAAAAUUG